AUGACAUCGCCACCCGAUCUCGACCCAUAUGUGGUGCUGGGCGUUUCCAAGAAUGCCACCGUCUCCGAGAUUCGAGCUGCCCAUCGAAAACGAGUUUUAAAGUGCCAUCCCGACAAGGUUCAAGAUGAGUCCCAACGAAUUGCUGCUCAAGAUGAGUUUCAGCGAGUCCAGCAAGCCUACGAAACACUCUCCGAUGAGAACCGCCGCGCCCGCUACGACCAAAAGGCCAAACUAGCCGAGUUGAAGCGGGAACUGCUCGAGAAGCGUCGACGAAACGCAGAGUCAACGCCGUAUUCUUCUCCACGAGGCAGUGGAAGUGGGGCUCCCCGCGAAGUGCGAGAAGGUCGCGUCUUUGAGGAGCGAGUGCCGGUGGAUAUCAUCUUAGAUGAGGAAUUGCGGUUCACCGAAGAGCCCCGUUCCAUGUCACGCAAGUACGAAGAGUUUGGCAUGCGAUCCAAGUCCAAAUCGACCGAGGAGAGGAAAACUCGCGUGCCGACGAGCAGCCAUCGAGCGGCCAAGGAACAGCGCGAGACAACCAAAGCAAAGCUGGCUGACCAAGCCAAACAACGCGACCGUGAACGCCGCCAGCAAGCCUCGGCCAAGUACGAUAGCUAUGACACGCUUGCGGAAUCCGACAGCGGUUCAGAAUCCAGUGGCUCUGAUGUCUACGUGCGUCUAAAGAAGCCUGCUUACCGAUCCCGCGAGUCCCGCGAUCCCCGGGAAUCGAGGGAAUCGCGAUCCCGGCCAACGGAAUCGGCACGGCGUCGCGGUGGAUCCUAUGAUGAUGACGACUAUGAUGAGCUUUCCGGGGGAUACAAGCUAAAGCAGUAUCUGGCCGAGGAACACAUUCAACGCUCUAAGCACGAAGGCCCGCGGGGAUCUCGGUCUCCACAGCGACACCGUGGUUACGAGUCGGCCGAACCAGAGAUGAACACCAGCCGGCGCACGGCUCGGUCCUCCCGCUCAACCCGGAAUCAGUCUUCCUCGCGCAACAAUUCCUGGGAGGACCUGGAAUCCCCACGUCGGGAACGUGAAGAGUUCAAGGUUCCCAAGAUGCCUAGUUCUUCCACCUCUCCUGCCUACAAGUCCUCUAUCCGCCCUUCCUUGUUUGGAGCCCGUGCCACUACCUCGACCGGCUUCACUCGUCCCAAACGGGAGACUUUCAGCCGCGAUGAGUCCAUUCUGGACAAAAUGGUCCGCGAGCCGGUCCCCCGAUCCUCCAGACGCUAUGACUCUGGUUACUCCAGCCCUAGCACCCCUGAGAUGCCCGCCAGAGGCUCCUCCCCCAAGACGACCGCUCGAUACAAGAUCGUUGACCCAGUGAUCAUCGAGCCUUCGAAACCCUCCAAGUACCGCUCUGUAUCUCCCGAACGGUCUCGUAUGACUCCAAAGCGAGCCAGCACCUUUGCCUCCUUCGAGACAGAAUCCCCCCGCAUAGAGGUCCGCUCUGUGCGGCCUGUGCGGCAGUACGAUGAUGUCGAGUACACUGCUCGCCCCCGGGCCCAAGACGUCAAGUACACCCGCGAGAUUCGACCCAGCGACGUCCACGUGUCGCCUGGCCGAUCUAAUUACUACAACGACCCCCGUCAUCACCCAAUGGGAAGACGGCAGUCGACCGCUGUAUGA